CUUAAUCUCAUUUUUAUUGCUGGCCCUACUUUGUGACAAGGACGGAAGAGUGCCGUAUCGCUGUUAGCUCCGUCGUUUCGCGUCUUUAUUUCUCUCUCCCCCCUGUUCCCUUGCGUGAGCGCUUUUUUUCUUCUUCUUCUUGUGAUUCUUUGUUUGUGUUUGUGUUGUUGACUCUUUUUCACUCGUUUUUUUUUUCUCUUAUCUUUCUUGUUUUUAUUGGAGAGUUGUUUUGUGUAUCUAGAGCGGCAGCAGCAAAGUAAAACGAAGUAGACCAAAGGGAAGAAAGGGAGAGAGAGACAGACAGACAGAGGGAGCAUCUGUCUUACAAAAGAUGCCUCUCAGCGAAAAGGCAGACUCGUUUUCGCAGCUGCGCCAAAUCAUCGGCCAUGUCUCGUCCCAGCGCCGAUAUCGAAACUAUGCCGCCGCCGGCAUCGCCCUGAUCCUGCUGUCCAUGGUCUGGCUGAGCGGCAACCUGAGCGGCAGCGACUCCAGCCAGAGAUGGCUCGACGAGGCUGCAAGCAGGCGUGUGUCGCUGUGGCCGACCAAGAAGAUCACCGGCACAAACCACACCCAUCUGGUUCCUCCAAACAUCUGGCAGAUUGUGCUUCCCAAGACGCAGCCGUAUCCGGGAGACCCAGAUCACGUCCACGUGGAUCCCAGACAGCUGGAAAAUGCGGCCUCGUGGAUUGCUACGAAUCCCGGCUACCAGUACUCGCUGGUAGGCCACAAGGACGGCAACGAGUUCAUCAAGAGCCACUUUAGCCACAGUCCCAAGAUCGCCGAGAUAUACCACAAGCUCACCAACGUGGGCAUGAAGUCCGACAUGCUGCGCUACCUCCUCCUCGACGCCUUUGGCGGCGUCUACACCGACACCGACACCCUCGCCAUCAGGCCCAUCGACGUCUGGAUCCCCGAGCAGUUCCGCGACAAGGCCCGGCUGGUGGUGGGCAUCGAGUUCGAUCGCCGCGAUGGCGGUCCCUGGGCCGAUAUCCCCCACUGGCUUCAGUUCUGCCAGUGGACCAUUGCCGCGGCCCCGGGGCACCCCGUCUUCAAGAAGAUGAUUGAUCGCGUGAUAUACUCGGUGGAGGACUUGUCCAUCAUCCAUGGCGUGCCGGUCAACGAGCUGAAGCUGGGGAGCUUCGAGGUCAUGAACUCGACGGGGCCGGCGGCCUGGACGGAUGUUGUGUUUGAGCAGCUGCAAGAGUACAAUCCCAUCUUGAACGACACGCAGGAUCUCUCCUUUAUGGAGGAGCCGACGCUUAUUGGAGACAUCUUGAUUCUCCCGAUUGACGGGUUCGGCAUGGGACAAGCUCAUUCGGCCAGUACGAAUGACGGGUCCAUCCCAGAAGGUGCUAUGAUGAAGCAUCUAUUCACGGGAUCCUGGAGAGAGGAGUGAUUUUACGAGUUUUUUUUUUUUUUUUUUUU